AUGGUUGCAUACGACAAUCCUGCAGCACUCAACACACAACUUCAAAAGUACCUAGACAUGCCCUACAACGACUACCAGUACCUCCUCUCGACCCUCUACAGCGUCUACUCGCUCCCCAACACCGUCCUGCCCUUCGUCUUUGGCUCACUCGUCGACCGAUUCGGGCCUCAAAGGGUCCUGCUUGGGCUCAGCGCCUGCGUCUGCAUCGGGCAGACAAUCUUCUCCGUCGGAGUCCAGACUCGCCAGAUCUGGAUGAUGCUCGUUGGGCGGGCCAUUUUCGGUGUCGGUGGCGAAAGCUGUGGUGUUGCCCAGGCUAGCAUAACCACCAUGCACUUCCGCCACCCUGCAAUCUUGCAGCAUCUCCCAGGAAUUUUGAGACGGGAGGCCAGCUUCAGCGAGUCGAUUCGCAGUGUCCGUUUCAAACCGGGUUAUACUCGAUCAGGUACUCGACCAUCCCUCCAUAUCGUCACAGUUCAGGACGAGCCGAAGCAGAAACCGCGAUUUCAGCAACAACGGAAACAACAUCAUGAUUCAUGGUGGGGACAGUGGGUGGCAGAUCUGGAGUUCUUCCCAUCGACCUUUUGGCUGAUCUGCGCGCUCGUAGUCCUACUCUAUGGCACGGUCGUUCCCUUCAACAACAUUGCCAGCGACUUCUUGCAAACCAAAUGGUACCACGACAACCCUCGAAAGGCUGCAGCAGUUAUGGGCAUCCCUGAUACCCUUGGGGCUAUUCUUGUUCCUGGCUUUGGAUUCAUUGUGGAUAAAUAUGGUGGGCGAGCGAGUACCCUGAUCGCUUCAGCUGCUAUUAUGGUCGUGGUCCAUACGACACUGGGUUUCACCUCGUUGAGUCCUAUCUUCGCGUUCUCUCUGCUGGCACCACCCAUCGUCGCAACCAUCCGCGUCAUUGGCGACAGUUUUAUCCCUGUCGAGAUGUUUUUUAUCGCCAUGGGUCUCUGUGGAAUCAUUGUCGGAUUCGCACUCAAGAACAUUGAUCGGCGGGAUGGUGGUGCAUUGGAGAACCCCGAAAUUCAAAUGGACGUGCCAGUGAUUGUACCACAGACAGCCGCCUCGGCAUCAACGUCGACUGUGGCUUCACCAGUACCCUCUCAGUCACGGUCGCUUUUUGGAAGGCAGAAGAAGCGACCUGCCUUGAACUGUAUCCAAACAUUAGGAUCUGGGCCUGGGUCUGGAGGCGCACUCGCAUCAGGAUCGGGAUCUCUGUGGACGCCCAAACGCUGGCAGAACAACUUGGAUGAAGGUUCAGAAGCUUUUGGAUCGCCUUGUUCAACAAAGGCGCAGGGUGGGAGUGAAGGAGGUAUCGGAGACUUCUCUCAGGACUCACCCUUAGUACCUAACAACAGUAAUUCUUUGCUCUUACCGAGGAUAACCAAGCCCAAGAAAUGGUUCGGAAAACCACUGCUGCAGAGAAGCCUGCCACGAGUUGGCAGCCCACUAUUGCAACAAUACUCGUCCAGUCCAAGGCGCUACGGAUCUUUCUCCUCGCCGUCGAUUGCGUCAACGAGGAUAGACGGAGAGUUUGAUCUGGAGGAGGGUGGCGAGGGCGGCGAGAAGCGGGCCACGGCGGUUGAGGACUACAGUGUGGCGCAACAUCCUAUCCUGUACAACCCAUUGCGCGGAAGCUCUGGCAGCUUUCGGAUCACUCGGACUGCGAAACCGAUUGCUUUUGGCGCGGGCGAGGAGUUGAUUUAUCUCAACGGUCAGGAAGUCGAGCUGGGCUACGACGAUGAUGACGUUGAGUACCAAUCUGGUUCGGAGCAGGACUAUGGGGAUGAGGAAUUUGACGGUGAGGGCGAUAACGAUGCAACUGAGCACGGGAGUGAAGUAGACGAACCGAGACGUCAUGGGGUUGAGUAUAAUAGCAACAACAACCGGGGCAACCAGGACGGGUCGACAAAGAGCGACUCGACAACCAACACCAUCGCGCCAGAUCCAGCAGAGGAGACUUAG